AUGUCUGAGCGAAAGAUUGAUGACAUCUCCCGCGAUGUCAGCAGCAUUAAGACUCUGUUGGUAGGACUCGAGCUCAACAGAGCCACACCAACUCAAACAUCACAGAAGCAACCUCGCUCGGCUUCUGUAUCUCCAAGUCGAGCUGAAGUAAUCAGUUCAGAGAAAUCCCAAUCGGCUGAUAGAGCUGCUCUGCCUCCUCGCUGGGAUUACUCUGCCCAUAUCAUAGACUUUGUUCAGUCCAUCAUUCAGGACAAUGGGCCUGUUCAAGGAGACAUUGAGUGGAGCAACACCGUUUCUUCGCUGAAGAGUCUUGCGAAUGCUUUAGAGAACCCACAUAUAACACGAAGCCAGCAGCCAAAACCUCAUGAGCCGCCGGAAAGUAUACCGACGCCCCCGUUAGAAGCCAUCGUGCAAAUUCUGCGAUGGGUUAAAGAACACUCGAGUGAUUAUAGAGUAGUCUGGAUAUGCCGCUUCCUUCCACUCGGCAUCUUCCUAGAUAUUUGCAACAAGGUCUACUUCCGCGUUAAGGAUCAUACCGAGGCUGAGUUUAUUAUCGCGAAUAGUUUCUUAUCAUACGUAUUUGCUGAAUAUGCUGUCAUUCACGGUGACGCGAAGUCACAAGAAUACUGUCGCUUUUAUCGAUCCAAAGUUGGCGACGGUCUUACGAAACUGACUCUGUUGGCGACGCCAUGCAUGGAGUUGAUCGCCGCACUUGCUCUCGGAGCAAUUUACUUGGUCGAGGAGAGUCGAGCAUCACAGUCGUGGACAUUGAUAUCGACCGCAAUGACGCUAUGCCAGACACUGGGCUAUCACCGACUCGACUCGCUUAAAGAUGGCCAUCAACAUAUGCAGUCCGACUUAUUCUGGGUCGUUUACGCAUAUGAAAAAGGCCUUUCAUUGAGAUUAGGACGAUGCUCUGGUGUUCGUGACUCUGAAGUGUUGCUGACCCGCCAGGAAAAUCAGCAUCGAUCCCUUCGUCUCGGGCGGAUACAGGGAAAGGCAUAUGACCAGCUAUAUAGCUCGGAGGGCCUGGGCGCAUCAAACAAUACCCGUUGCGAGGUAGCUAAGGGGCUUGCACAGGAGCUACAGUCGAUCAUAGAUGAGACGCAUCACGAGAUCGCACAAGCAUUGGCGGAGAAUAGAGACAUGAAUGAUGAUCCUAUGAAAGUCAUAUACCUUCAUUGCGAUCUCGUUUGCCAAUCAGCUUUGACGGCCAUGGUCCUCAGAGUGCUGCCUGGCUCCCAAGGUAUGGAGGUUCAUGAAAGCUGUCUCACUGUUGCCCGAAACACCUUGGACCUGCAUGAUCAGUGCAUGAAACUAGUCAACGGAUGCAAAGAUCCUCUGCUGAUUCGAAGAUAUAUAAACUGGGCUAUCUUGCAUACACCCUUCUUUCCUUUCAGCAUCGUCUUCGCUUACGCGGUGCGAUACUCACUUUCGGAGGACUUUGAACGCCUAGACCGAUUCGCAUCAUCGUUCAAGUCGGAGUUUAGCCAUUCAGACCCAGCGACGCAUCCCCAUCGACUUUAUGAACUUCUUAGCAAAGCCGCGCGACUCAGUGACAAAGCAUGCCCUGAGCUUUCACACGCGAGCGGAUCUCUUUCAAGCUCAAGCGACUUCACGAUGAUUGACCCCGAGGGAGUAAAUACUGUGGAUGACAUAGGCGCAACUGGGGUUGCGACCGGGGCCGAAUACGAUGCGUCAUUCCAGAUUGGGGAUUGGUUUCACAGUAACCAGCAAUUUAUGAGGCUCCUGCACGAAGACGUACCGUACUGAAAUCAGCCUAGGGGAGGAAAGAAAACACAGA